AUUAUACGUUUUUUUAUUAAUUUUUUAAUUUAGUUUUAUAAGUUCAACUCAGACUGUUUCUGAUGAUUAUGAAUGACGGCGUAUUCACUCAGAUGAUUAUGAAUGUUCAAUUUGAAUCAUGAGAAAAAAAACAUUAGAAUUAGUUUAAAUUGAAGCCAUUUUACAGACAAAUUUGUUUCCCAACUUUUUAAAAAUGACAGAUGUCCUUUGCUACUAAUCUACUCAUAUGUGCUUUCUGUUUUCUUUCUUUUUCAUUUUGCCAGGCUAAGCCACAGCAGCGCGUGGCCGGGUAAAGCUAGUAUAAUAUAAAAUUAUUAUAAUUUAUAAAAACCCAAAUAUUAUUCAUCUAUUUUAAAAAGCCGUAGUCAUGAGGAAAAUUUACGUGUCCUAUCUAUUGUUUAGGGGGGUCAUUAUAAUAUUAAUAGAUAACAAACAGAAAAUAUGUCUUGUGCCUACUAUUGUCAACCGGGUACAAUAGUAUCGAGCAGCGAUAUUAGCAUUUAAAGGAUGUCAUGUCGGAAGGCACCAAACUCCACUGCCAUCAGUAUAUUAAUGAGCCCUUGAUAUCGCCGGUCCACUUCCGCCAUGAUCCUCAGCACCAAAGAGUUCUGGGCGACCUUCCUGGCCUUCCUGAGGCUGCACUUCCCGGAACAGCUGGACGAAGGACUGAGGACGCCCAACACGCGACAAGAGGACGUCGCUGCGGAGUACGACUUCAUCAUAGCCGGAGCUGGCUCUGCGGGUUGUGUCUUGGCAAACAGGCUGUCCGAAAACCCGGGUUGGAAGGUUCUUCUCAUAGAGGCAGGUUGGAGGGAUGACUACGUUUCGGACACUCCGUUUCUCGCGGAGUUCCUCGGCAACACGGAGAAAGACUGGAACUACACAACUGUGAAGCAGGAGCGGGCAUGUUUAAGUACGGAGGGGACGUGCAGAGCUCCUAAAGGAAGGGUGAUCGGUGGCUGCAGUACCAUCAACUGGAUGAUCUACAACAGGGGCAACAGGGAAGACUACGACGAAUGGGAGCGCCUCGGCAAUCACGGUUGGGGCUACGAACAGGUUCUGCCGUACUUCAAGAAAGCAGAGAACAUGACUGAAGAAUGCUUGCUGGGUUCGAACACGCACAGUUCAAGCGGACCUCUAAACGUCCAAUAUCCAAGGUACGUGACCCCACUGAGGAGGGACUACGUCAGGGCAGGCGAAGAGAUCGGGUGGCGAUUCACCGACUAUAACGCCGGCGAACAGAGGAACGUCAUCGACUACCUUCAGUACACCAUGAACGGACCCCUUCGCGAGAGUACCGUCAAAGCCUAUCUAGACCCGAUCAGGUCCAGGAAGAACGUAGACAUAAUAAUGGACUCGAUGGUCAGCAGAGUUCUCAUUGAAGACAAUGUCGCAAGAGGAGUAGAAUACUACAGGGAUGGGAAGGCAUACAAAGUAUUCGCGAAAAAAGAAGUAAUAUUAUCGACAGGAGCGAUAGAGACACCAAAACUUCUGAUGUUGUCGGGAAUCGGACCCAGUCAGGAACUCAAGAAACACGACAUUGGUGUAUUGGUGGACUUGCCAGUCGGGAAAUAUUACCAAGACCAUAUCAACAUACCAAUUUAUUUCGAAGUCAAUGAACUCGCUGAGACUGUGACUGAAAGUAUUUGGAAAACUAACGAGAGCAUAAUGGCGUUUGCGAAAGACAAAGAUGGGCCCUUGACGAUGGCUCCCGGAGGAACUGAAGCGACAUCUUUCUUUAAUCCUCUAGAAAAGGGACCGCCUUCCGUGCAGACGAUCUACUGCAGUGCUGCCCCCUCGAAUAAUUUGGGAGACAAAAAAAUCAUCAAAGCAUGGGUUGUCAACAUCCAACCACUCAGUGUUGGAGAGAUCAGGCUGAAGAGCGGAGACUUCAGGAAUCCUCCGCUUCUUGAUCCUAACCUCUUUCGCGAUGAGACUGACAAGAAGGUUCUGGAGAAAGGCAUCGAAAGACUGUUCGAGUUUAUGAACUCAGAGACCAUGUCCAAGUACUCUCCUAAACUGUACACGGAACACGUCCAGCCGAAAUGUCAUGGCAAAGAAGGGUCUGAGUACAUCGGCUGUGCUAUUGCCGAAUAUUCGGAACUGACAGACCGUCCUUUCGGGACAGCACGGAUGGGACCUAGAGGAAGCGAUGCCGUCGUAUCCUCGGCAGAUCUAACCGUUCGAGGUCUCAGGCAGCUGAGGGUAGUCGAUGCUUCCGUCAUGCCGAAGAACCCAGGCGCCAACACGAACGCUCCGGUUAUAAUGAUAGCAGAGAAAGCAGCGGACAUCAUCAGAAGUUAUUAUCAGGAAUACCGAAGCUGCGAUGAAAUUAUUGAAGAGACAGAAAAUCAUGAAGAAACCACAACCAAUAGACCUAAACCACCUAGCUUUGCCUUUAAUCAUCCCAGUCGUAAACCAAAUAUAUUCAACAACUUUUACAACCAACUGCAAAAUAUGAUGAAACCAAAAUUACAUGAUUAA